AUGCUCUUGUGCACUUCAGUACAUGGAGCAGAUGUGUCCUGUUCAGAGUGGUUGAACGAGGGCUGCUUACUAGCUGGCUGUGACGAGAGAUGUAACAAAAGACUGACUGUGCGUUUUAUUAACGGAAUCCUUCUCAUUACUACUGAUUCGCUCUGCUUUGAUACUGCUGAUACAGCCGCUAACCAUUCGGCUCAGAUCGACAGACGCUUGCAUGUUGAUUCCGUCACUGACGGUGUGAAUGGUCCCUCCUUAUUUUCCGAUACCGAAAGUAAUAAACAACCUAAUUUGGUAACUGAUUCUCUUGCCGACAUAAAUGUGGCCGCAACAACCACUAGUACAGAUCCAGAACCGAAUUCCGAAUCUUUGCUUUCUUCUCCAGCUGAGCUGGCGCCAGGGGCGACCGCCUUUACUCCAUUGGUAGACGCUAGAUCACCUGAACAAUCUGGCAGCCCUCCAGAGAACGCUGAUCCGUCCAAUCUGAACUUAUUUAUCCAUUUGGAUGCCAUAGUCUCCUUGAGCACUCAUCGACACCUUCAGGAUGCAGUGAAGGACGCGUGA